GCAGCCCUGGACCCUCUGCCUGGCGCCUCACCACAGAGUCUCUACCGGCUUCACCGAUGCUAUUAGCUUUACCAUCUGAAGUCACCUCCCUAGGUUUCCAUAGACACGCAGGAUAACUUCAACCAUCAUCCAAGGCCUCAAGGGAGUCUGGGCACCCGGCACUAAUUAAAUGGACCCCGCGUCCCGGGUGGGCGCGCAGAUGCUCGGAUAGCUACAGGAGCCCAAGCCCACCAGCGUGGACGAAGGUGGUGCUACCUCCAAGGGCCGGAGCGGGUGCGUGAGACCUGGAUCUCCAUCCCAGGGCGCCCCAGCCACAGCCAGCUGGCCGCUCGCGUCCAGAUCCCCGCCCGCAGACCACGCCUACGGGUCACGCCCCUCCCAACCCGCCCCGCCCCUCCCACCGGCGCCCGCCGCUCCCGGGGCUCGGCGCGGGCCUGGGGAAUCGGGAGCCCGCCGCCGGGGUCGCAGCAUGGGGCGUUUUCGCGGGGGCCUGCGGUGCGUCAAGUAUCUGCUGCUCGGCUUCAACCUGCUGUUCUGGCUAGCUGGAUCAGCCGUCAUUGCCUUUGGACUAUGGUUUCGAUUUGGAGGUACCAUGAAGGAUUUAUCAUCAGAGGACAAGUCCCCAGAGUAUUUCUAUGUGGGGCUGUAUGUGCUGGUUGGCGCUGGGGCCCUGAUGAUGACUGUGGGUUUCUUCGGGUGCUGUGGAGCCAUACGUGAGUCACAGUGUGUGCUCGGAUCAUUUUUUACCUGUCUGCUGGUGAUAUUUGCUGCUGAAGUAACCACUGGAGUAUUUGCAUUUAUAGGCAAGGAUGUAGCUAUACGGCAUGUACAGACCAUGUAUGAGGAGGCCUACAGCGACUACCUUAAAGACAAGGCAAGGGGGAACGGAACUCUCACUACCUUCCACUCAGCAUUUCAGUGCUGUGGAAAAGAAAGCUCUGAGCAAGUCCAGCCCACGUGUCCAAAGGAGCUUCCAGGCCACGAGAAUUGCAUCGACAAAAUCGAAACCGUAAUCAGUGUUAAACUGCAGCUCAUUGGAAUUGUUGGUAUUGGGAUUGCGGGUCUCACGAUCUUUGGCAUGAUAUUCAGCAUGGUGCUUUGCUGUGCAAUACGGAACUCACGCGAUGUGAUUUGAAGAUACUUCAUCAUGAAAAUUGUAAUCUAGAGUUUUCGUGCUAAUUAUCACAAGAGCUCUCUUGGCUCAUUUUUAAUAUUCAGGAUAUUAGAAGCUAAAAUAAUUUUCUGUCAACUGUAUAUUUGCACAUGUAUGUAAGUCUGACUCAUUACUGAUUUGCCUCUUGAGUGAAUGUCUGUGUGUUUCUGGUAUAUGCAUUGCACAUACUGAUAUCUGUUUCCUGGGAAACCCUAGUUCUUGUAUGCAAAAAUAGCCUAUUUAAGUACCAGAAAAAAAACCAAUGAGAGAUGUCUAAAACUUGGCUAUUCAGGAAACGUAAUCAUGGGUCCAUUUCUCAGAUUUUAGCCAUGAAAAUUAGAUACAUAAAGAGAAUGCAGGAUUUCUAGUUAAUGGAAGCAAUAAGAUGUAAGAAUUGAAGGGCCAUAGAUUGAGUGUCUGAGUUGAGUGUAAAGAUUUCUUGAAAAUAUAUAUAUAGAUACAUAUAUUCUCCCCAGAAUCCAGUAAACCACAGUUUCAGAACUAAACACAUCUGUAAAAGUAAAUAUAGCAUGGAAAAAUCUAAUUCGAAAAGUCAUGUUUUCUUAGCAUUUAAAAACAGAAAGCCUCUCUGGAAAGAGAAGUCACGGAGACAGACAAGCAUGUGCCCCAGAAAAGUGAGUGCUUUUAAGACUAAAACUAACAACUUUUAAGGGGGAGAAACACUGCUGUACAAUGACAUGUAAACGUUGCUUUCUCCCUCCUCUCUGCCGACUAAGCUUUGAACUGGUGGAAGCCUUGCCUUCCCACAAGGCCUUUCCCUCACCCUCCUUACUGUUUCUUCAGACAUGGUGACAGAGAAAAGCAGGAGCUGUGCAGCGUGACAGUGGGGGGGUCUCUGGCUGGCACUGUACCUCUGGAAUACCUCAUGAUUUGAGUUUACAUACUUUCCUAAUAUUUUUCCAUUUUUCUUAUUCAUCUGUGCAGAGAAUUCUUCACAGAUUAAGAAUAUAGUUUUAUUCUUUAAAAUAAAUAAAUCCCCCAUAACUCAGAUAUUAUGUUAUGAGUACCCUGUCUAAACCAAGAUAAAUACCUUCUUCAAUAUGUAUGCACACAACAAAGGCAAGUUAAUGAAUCAAAAAUACGUUCAUGCAUACAGCUGCAACACAAAUAUAUUCUUUCCCAGCAAACCCCUGUGGGAAUAAAUAAAUGCUCAGGUUCUUUGGGAGCCUGAGGGGUUGAUUUUAAGUGGGAAAACCCAGUCACUGCUCAGCCUUUUGGCUGCAAGUGGGAAAACCCACAGCAGGGUCUAAAUUGACGUAUUUGUCAUAACGGAACAGUUUAUAAAGGAUAUAAAUUGUGGAUUCUUAUGAUUGUAUUUGAUCAUAUAAAAGUGAAGGCGUGAGGAAUUCUGGAAACCGUCAGGGUAGCUUCUAUGCCUGCUAAGAAUAUAAGACUUUGUUUUGUGCUAGAAUAAAGUACCAUGCUUCAGGAAACUUUUACAAAGUGUUUUGCUGAGGACACACAGCUGCUGGGAUGCCUCGCCUCUCUCUUUUUCAGAUAUUCUUGCUACUGCUACUAGCUUUGGAGAAAAAAACUGAGGGAGUUAAAAGUAUAACUGUAUAUGACUACUUUACCUAUGUACGCAAAAGAGUGUUUUAAAAAAAAAAAUCACUCCGCGCUGUUUAUACCCCAGUGGUUGACAAAUGCUAGCUUUUUAAGCAAACAGUGAUCAGUCUUUCUCAUAGCUUUAGUUGAUCUGUUUUCCUGAAGACAGAGAACAGGCUCAAGUGUGUACUCAGGUUCCUCCAGCUCAGAGUUAUUUCCUGUUCCUCAGAAGUGAGUUUCAUUCCCUGGGUGACUGAAUAAGUUUAAGGAAAAUCACAGUAACUAUAGACGGAAGAAUAAAAUAAUUUUUUAAUGCAGAGGAAUAAGUCUAGAAACCCGUGUCCUGUGUGAUUAGUGUACCUCUCUGAGGGUGAAGCUUUCCAAAGAAUGUGCUGGGUAAAAUUAGAGAAUUCCAUCUUUGAGUAAAGAUGGAUAUAUAUCUUUAUGUGAAUGGAUAAAGCUAUAUCUAUAGAGAUAUAUAACCCCUACGUCCUGAACCUAUACAUAUCUUAAAUACAUAUCUCUUAAGUCUAAAGACAUAUGUAAUUUAAUACAUGUGUACCUGUUUGAAACUAUGGAGAUAAGUGUUUGUAUACAUACACAUGUACAUGUAUAUACAUUUACAGUUAUUUCUGUUUACCUGAACUAAUUUGAGAUCAGAUCCAAACAUUUUAAGUUAUUUUAAAUUAAAUUUUCUAUGUAUUUA